AUGGCGUCGACCAGGCUCAAGCAACGCCAGCCGUGCGCGCUCUCAUGGGCAAUGGAUCACAUUCACGAGUAUGGGGGCGACCCCUCGCGCAUCUUCCUCACAGGCCACUCCUCAGGCGCCCACGUCUGCUCCAUGGUUGUGUGGCGCCGCCUCAGAAACCGAGCACUUGAGCAGCUAGCAGCAGUCAGCGCUGCUGCUGCUGCCACCCUAAGGCCCUCCCUCUCUGCCGCUCUCAAAUCCGCGUCACCCCGUUCAUUUGCCACGUCAGCUGGUCCCAACGCGUCAGAGGGUCCAGACGCCACGUCAUCAGUUGCUCCCCGUCCAGUGAAACGAUCAUCCAACUUUGAUAAAGCUAACUUUAACCGCCAACCAGCUGCUGCCAAGUCAUCAUCAGUGUCGUCCCUAUCAGUAGGAGCAGACCCAGAAGCACCAGGAGUAGCAGGAGCAGCAACGGGCAUAAGGGGUGACCAUGCAGGUGCAAUUGAUGCUGGUAUGCCUGUGACCAGUACGGGAAGAGGAAGCGCAAUCUCAGGAGGGGGAAGUGCAACCUCAGUGGCAGAUGCAGUCAACAGAGCAACAUCAAAAGAAGCAGCGAAGCAGGCCCUUCGAUCCCACCUCCUCAAGUCAUCAGCUUUCACCCAACCUGCUGAUGCCACAGCGACUGACGCCAUGAUACCUCCAAUGCCAUCCCUGCCUGCUUCUUCGCCUCUCCAACCAGCCCAAGAGUUCACCGUCCCUCCUCCCUUCUCCGUCUCCUCCUCCUCUUACACAGCUGCAGCAGCGGCAGCAGCAGCAGCAGCAGCAGCAGCAGCAGAGGCAGCUCCCACAGCUGCACCUUCAAGAAAUACCUCAUCUCCCCUUUCCGAUCAAGAAUCAUCCUCUUCUCAAGAGGCAGACCCCCUCUCCUCUGACUGCUUCUCCUCCAGGUUACUCGCCCCCUCGCCGCCCUCUGCUCUCGACAUUCUCAGGCAGGAGCUGGGACGGGGUUGGAGCACAGCAGACUAUGUCGUUCCUCCCGAAACAUCCCUCUCCCUCAUCCGCUCACUUCAACACCUCAACUCCUUUCUUCUCCCCUUGCCUCCUCCUAGCCUGCUCAAGCUUGGGGGAGAGGGGGGAGGAUUGGCAGUUGAAGGAAUGGGGGUAACGGGGGAGGGAUCAGGAGGAGUAGGAGGGGGAGUGGGGAUUCGGGCGAAGGCUUUGGUUUAUGACGACGCUGGUCAUCCGGAUUUUGCGUGCUGGGCUGUGAGGGGGACCAAGGAUGGGGAGGAAGGGGAGGAAGUGGCAGGGCAGGUGUUAUCCAGUGGAGGUGCUUAUGAUGAGAUGGCUUGUGUGCGAGAUAGCCUUGAUUUUGUCACUGGGCGAGUGUCGCUGGAAGAUAUGGUGUGGUAG